GCCAGCCUAUCCAGGAAUCAGAAAAGGUCACAACGGUUCAUCUUAUGAACUGGAUCAUUUGAAGUGGUGCGGCUAACGGCUUGAUGCAGUGGCGCCUGCCUGGGACCUCCCAACAAGCUACGGCGCUGUCGCGUCCCGUUCUUUCCCAGGGCCAGGCCAGGACGACGAGAAGCCGGGGCUCCUCGGGCUCCUUCCCGCCCUGCAGAGCGCAGCCUGGGGCUCGAGACCCAGGUUCAGGCAGCAGCUUUUCCGAGAGUGCAGGUCCCAGACGCCGAGAACGCGGAAAAUGGAGGCCGCCAGCUAAGACGCCGCCUGCGCCGCGCUGCCGGGGACGCCUGCGCCGGACCCAGAGCGACCACCCCUCCCCCGCGUCGCCGAGAACCCACUCGCAUACCGCGCCAACCGCUUGGUCGCCAUUCCCCCGACACUCCCGGUUCUCCCACAUCCAACUGCCGGAAGUCCGGCCACGCCCACUUCCGGUCCGUUCAAACGUCCCGCGCGGCUGUGUCGGUCGCGGUGGCAGAGGCGGCGGCGGUGCCUUGCGCUCACUUCGGCGCUUCUCUCCGGCGUUUCCGAGACUCAGCGGCGUGGAGAGUGGUUUCAGGCGGAGAAGCCGCCAGGGAGCGCCCUCUCGGCCGGCGGGCCGGCGGCGGUGGCGUCGUUGCGGAGCCGUUUGGAAUCCGGCCUCGGACGCGGACGGUUGGUGCACGAGGCAGCGGGCGCGUCGGCGGGAAGGGGAGGCGCCUUGGCACCCUGGCUUCCUAGGGCGGGGAAAACGCCGAAAGACUCAUGGAGCCAGAGCAGGAGAAGACCGGGAGGCUCCCCAGGAAGGGCAGGAAGAGGAGACGGGUCCCCAACAGGCUGAUUAGGGCACCCGGAGUGAGGAGAGCCCGUUGGGAUCUCGAGGACAGGCAGCCCGAGGCCAAGAGGGCCCGCUUAUCUACCAUUUUAUUUGCUGAAAACUGUGAAGUAACCCAUGGCCAGCUUUGUGAAUUGCUGAAGUAUGCAGUUUUGGGUAAAUCCAACGUUCCUAAACCGAGGUGGUGCCAGCUUUUUCAUCAAAACCACCUGAACAGCGUAGUGGUUUUUAUACUUCAAGGAAUGAGUCAGCUACAUUUCUAUAGGUUCUACUUGGAGUUUGGUUUUCUCCGAAAAGCUUUCAAACAUAAAUUCCGCUUGCCGCCUCCAUCAUCUAAUUUUCUCGCUGAUAUUAUUGGGCUACAAAAUAAAGAAACAGCUGGAGAUUUGCCCAAGACCAUUGAAGGUUCUUUACCUUCUGCCAAUUCAAAAGCCAGCGUCAACCUGCAGAAUGACCCCAUCAUUCAAAAGUAUGGCUUUAAGAAAGUGGGCAUGAUCCGAUGCCUUCUGACCAAGGAGGAAAUGAAAACAUUUCACUUUCCAUUACAAGGUUCUCCUGACUGUGAAAACUUUAUACCUACCAAAUGUAAUGGUUCAAUAACAGACAACAGUCCUCUCUUUGGGCUUGACUGUGAAAUGUGCCUCACAUUGAGAGGGAGAGAACUAACACGCAUCUCACUGGUUGCUGAAGGAGGCUGCUGUCUUAUGGAUGAACUGGUCAAACCUGAUGACAAGAUUGUAGACUACGUUACCAGCUUUUCUGGAAUCACAAAGAAGAUUCUUAACCCAGUGACAACCAAACUUAAAGAUGUGCAGAGGCAGUUAAAAGCAUUGCUGCCUCCUGAUGCUGUGUUAGUAGGCCAUUCCCUAGAUCAGGAUCUCCGAGCAUUGAAAAUGAUACAUCCAUAUGUUAUUGACACUUCAUUGCUUUAUGUCAGAGAGCAGGGCAGAAGAUUUAAGCUAAAGUUCUUAGCCAAAGCUAUUUUGGGGAAGGAUAUACAGUGUUCAAACAGAGCUGGUCAUGAUGCCACAGAAGAUGCUGCAACAGCCCUUGAAUUGGCUCGGUAUUUCCUCAAGUAUGGCCCAAAGAAGAUUGCUGAACUCAAUCUGGAGGGGCUAGCUAGUCCCCAGGAACUACAAGCAGCAGGCCAAGAUCCAAGAAAUACAAGAGAAGUGGUUCAGCACCCAAACAGUAUUUUAGAAUGCUUAGAUUCAGUGGGUAAGAAGCUCUUCUUCUUGACCCGGGAGACAGAUCAUACUGAAAUUCGCUCUUCUGGAAACUGUCGAACUGUUAAGUGCCUUUCAAAUAAAGAGGUCUUUGAGCAGGCCAGAAUGGAAAUCCCUCUGUUCCCCUUCAGCAUUGUCCAAUUCUCUUUUGAGCCUUUUUCACCUCUCCUCACUGAGGAGAUGAACAAAAGGAUGAGGAUCAAGUGGACAGAGAUGUCAACUGUCUAUGCUGGGCCAUUUAGCAAAAAUUGUAACCUAAGGGCUCUGAAGAGGCUAUUUAAGAGUUUUGGUCCAAUCCGUUCAAUGACUCUUGUUCUUGAAACACAUCAGCCUCAUCUCUAUAUACGGUAUGAAGUCCUGGAAGCUGCCCAGCUGGCCAUAGAAUCCUUGAAUGGCGUUCUGGUGGAAGGUAUCUGUAUCAAGGUGCAGAGACCUGUGACAGAGCUUACGCUUGAUUGUGACACCCUUGUUAAUGAGCUGGAACGAGAUUCUGAGAACCGAGAUACUAUUUACCUGUCUGGAGUACAUGAUACCUUCAAGCAACACCUGUUGCAGCAGUCCAACCUCUUCCUUGGCCUGGAAGCUGUGAUCUUGCCUAAAGAUCUUAAAAGUGGAAAACAGAAAAAAUACUGUUUCCUGAAAUUCAAAACUUUUGCCAGUGCCCAGAGGGCCCUCCACAUUCUCACAGGCAAGGACUGGAAGCUGAAAGGCAGGCACGCCCUGACCCCCAGGCACCUCCAUGCGUGGCUCAGGGGCUUGCCACCUGAAUCAAGAAGGCCCCCAGGUCUCAGAGUUAUACCUCCUCCCUCAGAGCAGGAGGCCCUGCAGACUCUGAGGGCAGACCACCCGAAGAUAGCAGCCUGGCGCUGGAGCCGGAAGAUUGGAAGACUCUACCAAAGCCUGGGCCCAGGUACCCUUUGCCUCAUCCUCCUGCCAGGAACCAAUAGCACUCAUGGCUCACUCUCCGGCCUAGGACUGAUGGGAAUAAAAGAUGAAGAGGAAAGCGUCGUCCCAAGCAUGGGUUUGUGAGUCUGCCCACCACUUUUCCAUGUGCCAUUCUAAUUUCUCACGGGCAGUGGCAGAGAAGAUGGUCAGACUGCAGCUUCUCUAAAGACUGCUGGGCCUCUUCAUUCACUGGACAGCUUUUUGUGGAACGUUGGUGCACCAACUAAGGAGUCUAAUCCAUUUACAUGGCAUGUGCAAGUUUUCAAUAAAUGCCUGAAAUUCAAGCCUUCCUCAUCUUAAACAGA